GUGGGUGACGAGCAUCCACCAAGUGCUUACAAUUCAUGCGCUCGCAGGCAUCAUUCCCAACGUACUCGUACAGGUCUCGACAACCAUGACGUUUCUAGAAGCAUGGCUCAUUGCCUGACUCUUCUCCCAGAUCUUUCACUCACGUCUAAACCCACCGCUCUGCUAGCACUCCGAGUCUAGGCCUGGGGAGGCUCUACAGCGAUCACCUGAGUCAGCCGUUCUCUGGGAAUAAAGUGCGCAGUCUCGGAUUGCUGCCGCUAUUCACCGCUGCCUAUCCUCUUCCUCGUCUCUCGAGUCGCUAGAUUUCGAGAGGUCCGCCGUUUAAUUGAUUACUAUGUCUCGAACUGGAAGCAUGUCCACUUCACCGUACAACCCCGAUGCCACCGGGCUGGGGUUUGACCACAGUCAAGGCCCGCCAAGGAAGAAGAUGCGGAAAGGAACAAAGAGCUGCUUGGAGUGUCGGCGGAGGAAGAUCAAGUGCACCUUCGAACCUGGAAGGCCUGCGAUUUGCAACGAGUGCUAUGCCAGAGGUUCGACCUGCAUCGAUCAAGAGCAUGGGGAUAUCCAAACAUAUACCCAGACUACUACGGAGCAGUCGUCGUACAGCUUGAGGGAAAGAGUAUCCCAACUCGAGGAUCUGGUCAAACAGGUGCUGAAUCGGUUACCGGAGAAGGAUGCCAGCGCCCAUGGUGAUGCUUCGGGCACAGAAUCCGAUAAAAGCCAGCUUGAUGCUCAGGCGGCUGAAGUGUUGAAGAGCCUCAAGAGCUCAUUGAGACAGGAAAACUCCAGCACCGAAGAGUCCAUCCUUCUCCCGGGCGGUCUCCGGGACGACGCCCCGGCCUUGACCCUAUUCGAUAACGCCGUCCUCGAACGAAAAGAGAGCCAGCCGGUGGUGUCAAGAGCACAGUACAAUAAAACCAAAACGCUUCUGGCGGCUUUGAACAAGUUGCUCCCGUCGGCGAGUGAUUUGGAGGUUAUCCUCGAACAAUCUCACGAAUGGUGGGCAAUAUGGAGGAAGAUGUUUCCCGAAAUUACUGACAGUCGAUGUGAAACUAUCAAAGAAUCGGUGUCUCACUCGUUGCGGUCCGAGAAACCAGCCGAAUUGGCAAAAAUCAUGUUAUGUAUCGCCAUCAGCAUCCACCAACUACCGGGACAUUUCAACUGGUCGCGACUUCAAAUCAAAGAGGAGCCUGCUGAUCUGAUGGAACGAUAUAUUGCGACAGUCGACAAGUUGAUUACUUCUGACGAUGAAAUUGCAGCCACCCUUGAUGGCAUCGAGUGCAUGAUGCUUGAAGCAAAGUAUCAUGUCAAUAUGGGCCGGCCGCGACGCGCGUGGCUGUUAUUCCACCGAGCGCUCGCCUUCGCCCAACUGUUGGGUAUUCACAGACUAGCAGCCCAAACAGACAAAACAUCCCUGGAUUAUCAGCGCUCGGUCAAUAUCUGGUGCCAUCUUGUCCUGGGUGACAGAUAUCUAUCCCUGCUCCUAGGUCUGCCAUAUUCUGUUAGUGAAAGCUUUGUGACACCCUAUAUCCCGAUAUCUGGACCUCCACCUGCGUCGGUCAACGAUGGCGAGUACUACACCGGGAAAAUGCUUCCUAUAAUCACCAAAAUGAUCGACCGCAAUCAGAGUGUAGUACCCAUGGGAUACUCGGCGACGUUGAGGCUUGAUCAAGAAUUGGAGGAGUUGCACAGUACUCAAGAUCCCAGUUGGUGGUCGCCGGAGCUUGUUCCUGGUAGUUCGGUCGAGGAUCAUUUCGACCGACUCCAAGCGCAAUUUUUCCAUCACCAAGCCAAGGUCAUGCUGCAUAUGCCGUUCAUGUUACGAUCCUCCACCGACAAGAGAUACCAAUACUCUCACGCGGCGGCCUUGGACGGCGCGCGAGAAAUGAUUCGAGUCUACAAGGCCCUCCGAACCAACAAGGCCGUGGGCCCUUUCAUCUGCAAAUUGAUCGAUUUUCAAUCUUUUACGGGGGCCAUGCUGUUGCUACUGAACUUGUGCGGCUACUCACAACAACACCGCGGCAACAACGCUCAGCAGACGGACCUCGAGCAGGACCAAAUAGACUCGGACCUCAUCGACCAAACGAUAGCACUACUGAAAGAUGCGGCUAAAGAACCCGGAGGUGUCGUAGCAGCUCAAAGUGCUCAAGCGCUGGAAAUGCUCGCCCGUGUCCGGCAGGGCUGCGAUGAAGAAGGCGCUAAAGAAUGCAGGGGCGAGACCUGUCAGGUCUCCAUCCCCUAUUUUGGCACCAUCUCCAUCGGGACAGGCAAGCAUUUUGUGCCCAUCAAGCCAGGCACAUAUGUGCAACGCACACAGGAUGCGCCCUUGAACACGACAAUAUCGGCGGGCGGCGUGCCCACCAACACGGGACUGCCGACUCCACCAUCAGCCGCUUCGAAUAGCACGCAACCGUCGCCCUUGUCGACGACGAUCGACCAGCAGCGUGGGCAAUACUCCCACGCCCGUCGGCAGCCCGUUUACGAGUCGACGAACUACAUCGCCCCGGGCCUUGAUCAAGCUUGGCCUGACACAGCCGACGACCCAUUCAUCACAUUCGACUCAUUUAUGGCCUUUCCACCUCAACCACCUACAGAUUUUCCCUCAGCCGGCGGCGUCAGCAUCUCCUCGGGCGGAUCAGGCUUCACCCCACAACCAUCCCACUCUCUGCAGGGCCAGAGUCCGUACAAUUCGAGCGCGACGCCCCAGAAUGAUUUGAAUGCUUCGGUCGCUGCAGGCGGGCUGGGCGGGAUGGUGACGCCAGGGUUCCCAUUCGGCACCUUCCCCUUCGGACAGAGCGGGGUGGACCUGGAUCAAGGCUGGAAUUGGUUCGGAGUUGACGCGCCCGUCAUCCAGUGAUGGGAACCAAAAAGGGAUUGACACAAGGUUCUUUUGACACAGAGAUGUGUUUGUAUUUUGAUGUAGGACCACCAGCCCAAAAUCUUUGACACUGUAUGCCACGGAGGAUUUUCCCGGCCGCGUAAUCAAGGAAUGGGACCUACAUAUAUAGUAAAAUAUAUAGGCCCAGACCUCGGAAGGGCAGUGUCAGUAUCGAAGCUCUCCUAUCAAGAUCUCC